AUAUAUAUAUUUAAUAUGAUAUUUAAACUAUUGUUACAAACUUAUGCCAAAAAAAUGCAACCCAUCAAAUAUUUUAUUAAUAAAAAAUAUUUUCAUAUAAAUAAUGAAAAAUUUAUAUUGAAUAUAUCACGUUUAAAACACUUUCUUAAACAACAAUGCUUAAAUAUUAAAGAAGGACAUACAUGUUUUAUAAUAGACUGUCCUAUAUGUAAUAAUUUAAAGAUGAAAUCAAAAAUUUAUAUAAAUAAAAAUACAGGAUUUUUUAUAUGUGAUAAAUGUAAAUCCAUGGGUUCCUGGAAUAUAUUGGAAAAAUUUUUAUCCUUAAAAAAAAUUAAACAAAAAAUCAAGGAACUUGAUAUAUUAAAAACUAGCUGUAGUUUAAAAGAAAAUUUUAUGGAAACAUGGAAAUAUGUAACGAGUAAUUGUCAAAGCAUACAAGAUCUAUCUGCAGAAGAAUACAAUAUUCUUCUAAAUAAUUUUUCAUUUCCUCAUGUUUUACAAAAGGAUAUGUCAAGGUUAAAUUGUUUUUAUAACAAGACAAUGAAUAUAAUAUAUUUUCCAUUAAUAGGCCUAAAUACAUCUAUAGUUGGAUAUAAAUUACUUUCAACUAAACCACAAAAGGAAGAAACAGUUCCUACUUUUGAAGUUAGUGGAUGUAUUGAAUAUAGACGAUAUCAUAGUAAAAAUAAUGAUACUGCUAUAAUUGUGAGCACAAUAGAUGAUUUACUAGCUAUAAUGUUAAAACAAUCUGCAAAUAUAAUUAUAUGUCUCCCAUAUAAUUUAAGAAGUCUACCCCAACAAUUAUUACCAUAUAUGGAAUCAUUCAAGAAGUUAAUUUUAUGGUUUGAUAAUGAUGAAGUAAGUUGGUACACUGCUAGACAUUUUGCAAAAAAGUUGAACGAGAAAAGAUGUUAUCUUAUUAGACCAACAGAUUUACAACCUCGACCAAAAUUAGCUGCUGAAAUGAAUUAUAAUUUCAAUAGUAUUCUAAAGAAUGCUCAGCCCUUAUGGCACAAAAGUAUAAUUACCUUUCAAGAUCUUAAAGAAGAAAUUUUAAUUGAUUUACAAAAUAAUGACAAAGUACAAGGAGUAAAAUGGAAAAGAUAUACAACUUUAAAUCGUAUAUUAAAAGGCCAUAGAAGAGGUGAAUUCACUAUAUUAACUGGGCCAACUGGAUGUGGUAAAACAACCUUUAUGAGUGAAUAUUCUUUAGAUUUAGCAAUGCAAGGUAUCAAUACAUUAUGGGGAAGUUUUGAAAUAAGAAAUGUAAGAUUAGUAAGAACAAUGUUACAACAAAUGGUAGGUGUACCUUUAAGUGAAAAUCUUGAAAAUUUUGAUACAUAUGCAAAUGCUUUUGAAAAAUUACCAAUUUAUUUCAUGACAUUUCAUGGUCAACAAAGUAUCAAAAUAGUAAUGGAUGCAGUUGAGCAUGCAACAUAUGUACAUGAUAUAGCUCAUGUUGUAAUUGAUAAUGUUCAAUUUAUGAUGGGAAUGACUAAUGAUUCAAAAUAUGUAGAUAGAUUUUGGAAGCAAGACGAUAUAAUAGCAAAAUUUAGAAAUUUUGCUACUGUAUACAAUUGUCAUGUAACAAUGAUAAUACAUCCACGAAAAGAACGUAGCUCUGAAGAAUUGACAACAUCAUCGAUUUUUGGAAGUGCAAAAGCAAGUCAAGAAGCAGAUAAUGUAUUAAUUAUUCAAGAUAAUAGACUUACGAGUAUUCGAGGCAAAAAAUAUUUACAAGUAGCUAAAAAUAGAUAUAGCGGUGAUUUAGGUAUUAUGGUAUUGGAUUUCGAUAAAUCAAGUCUUAGUUAUACAUCAAAAUUAAAAACUAAGGAAAAAAAGAAAUCUUAAAC